AUGCCUACCGUUCUAGCUGUUCAAUGCUCUUACCCUUCAGCUAAGUUGACUAUGAAAGCACUGAAGAAGAAAGCCCUCGACCAUCCCGCUUACGCCGAUAUGGUCAUGGCUUCAAUCAGCGCGCUGGCUGAGCGCAAAGGGUCUUCGAGGGUUGCUAUCCUCAACUACGUUCUUCAAAACUACAACGUUGGAGAUGACAGCAAGAAGGUGAACUUGCACGUGAACAACAAUUUGAAGAAGGGAGCUGACACGGGACUUUUGGUGCGCGUGUCGGGCGUUGGUGCUAAUGGAAGAUUCCGCCUUGGAGAAGCCGCAAAAGCUCCCAACAAGAAAGUUGCAAAGACUUCCGCCAGAUCGCCAAAGAAAGCUACCAUCACCAAGUUGUCGAAGAAGGUCGUGGGAAAGAAGAUUGCAGUUGAAAAUAAGAAGACUGGAACAACGGCAAAGACGGCUAAGAGCGACUCCGCAAAGCGACCCAAGACCAAAUCGCUCAAAAAAGUCACGGCCAAGUCAACAAAGACAACUAAAGCCCCCAAGAAGACCCAAGCUGCC